UCCGGGUCUUAACUGAGCCCCUGGAGUAGAGAUUGGAAGUUCUGCAUUUUGUUUCCGGUCUUGGACUGGCGCCCCCGGCGCAGAGGUUUCUGGGAGUUAAGGGUCGCAAUGGUUUGUGAGUGAGUUUCAGAAGGUGCUGCGUCGGACCCCCUCCAGAAAUAAAAGAUGACAACAGCAGCCAGGCCAACUUUUGAACCUGCAAGAGGUGGGAGAGGAAAAGGAGAAGGGGAUUUGAGCCAGCUCUCCAAGCAAUAUUCAAGCAGAGACCUUCCCUCACAUACAAAGAUAAAGUACAGACAAACUACACAGGAUGCCCCUGAAGAGGUUCGCAACCGCGACUUCAGGAGAGAGUUGGAAGAGAGAGAGAGAGCUGCUGCAAGGGAAAAAAAUCGGGACCGUCCGACCCGAGAACAUACAACUUCCUCUUCAGUGUCAAAGAAGCCCCGCUUAGACCAGAUUCCUGCCGCCAACCUUGAUGCUGAUGACCCUCUCACAGACGAGGAAGAUGAGGAUUUUGAAGAGGAGAGCGACGAUGAUGAUACUGCGGCUCUUCUUGCAGAGCUAGAAAAAAUCAAGAAAGAGAGGGCUGAAGAACAGGCCAGGAAGGAACAAGAACAAAAAGCAGAGGAAGAGAGAAUCCGCAUGGAAAACAUUCUGAGUGGAAACCCUCUCCUAAAUCUCACUGGCCCAUCCCAGCCUCAGGCCAACUUCAAGGUUAAAAGAAGGUGGGACGAUGACGUCGUCUUUAAGAACUGUGCAAAGGGUAUAGACGAUCAGAAGAAAGACAAGCGAUUUGUAAACGACACGCUGCGAUCUGAAUUUCACAAGAAGUUCAUGGAGAAGUAUAUUAAGUAGUACAGUUUUAUGUGCUUAAUUAAAGACUAAAAUGUUAAGGAUCAAUUUGACUUUUUUGAUUUUUGUUCUUUCCCAGUUUUAACUUUCUCAAUUUAUUUCUCUUAGUGUGGUACUUUAUUGGAUAAUGGAUUUAGAAAUGGGUCUAACCAGGCCUUAGUUUCUUUUUAAUAUGUGAAAAGGGUAAUUUGCUUGUAAUAAAUAUUUUUAACCUAAAUAAACCACUAUCCCCAACUUUUUGCUAUAAUUUA